AUGGCAAAGGCAAUCUUCCUCCUCGUUGCUGCGCUCGCCAUCACCGCCGUCUCUGCGGGAAAUGGACGUACUCUGCUCCAGCAGAAGACAGUCACCCAGACAGCUCAGGCCACCCCAGCCCUGUCCACACUGGUCGCUGCCCUCACCAAGACAGGCCUUGCAGAUGUGCUGAACGACCCCAACCUGGUGGCGACUGUGUUUGCGCCCACCAACGAUGCAUUCGUGGCGCUUGAGAAGAGCCUGGGCUACACCCAGGAGCAGCUCCUCAACUCUGCCAUCCUCAAGCCCACCCUCCUCUACCACGUCGUCCCCAAGGUUGCUGCACAGUCUUCCAGCCUGACCGACAACCAGGUGCUGGCCACCGACCUGCCAGGCCAGAGCCUGACUGUCUACCUCAAGCCUUCAGGCGUUGUCAUCUCUGGUGUCCAGACUGCUGCCAAUGUCACCCAGGCCAACAUUGUCGCCAGCAAGGCUAUUGUGCACGUGGUCGACACUGUGCUGCUCCCGGCCCAGUAUGCUCUCAACGGAGCCCCUGCACCGGCCCCUGCUAUGAUGGGAGCUAUGGCGCCCUCAGCUAUGGGCUAA